CCAACUACAACUACAAUGGAAGCUGCCUCAUGUCCCUGCAGCCUCCCUCUACUACCUCUCAACACGAAAACAAUCACCGGUAAAACAAGAAUGGCGGUUGCAUUCCGCAUUGCGGCCAUGUCCCCGUCGGCUGCAACCUCGAUCUCUUCUAAAAACACCAUUGGUGUUGUUGCAUCUCCACCGCAGACAUUGCUGCAGUUCUCUCCAGAUUCGCUGCAGUAUGAACAAGGCAAGGUUGGAGCGGUACCAGACGGUGGUGUAUCGGAGUCUUCGGUUGGUGCAAUGGAGUACUUGACAAGAAUAUUGAAGUCAAGGGUUUAUGACGUGGCGGUGGAAUCUCCGCUGCAACACGCAGUGAAGCUGUCGGCGAGGUUGGGCGUCAAUCUAUGGUUGAAGAGGGAGGAUGUUCAGCCGGUUUUCUCUUUCAAACUUCGUGGAGCAUAUAACAUGAUGUCAAAACUCCCAAAGGAACAACUAGCACAAGGUGUCAUAUGCUCUUCUGCCGGCAAUCAUGCUCAAGGAGUUGCGUUAGCAGCCAAGACAUUAGGUUGCGAUGCGGUGAUUGUUAUGCCAGUAACUACACCUCGUAUCAAGUGGGAGUCGGUUAAGAGAUUGGGUGCAACCGUUGUUCUUGAGGGUGACUCGUAUGAUGAAGCACAAGCAUAUGCCAAGAAAAGGGGUGCGAAGGAGAAUCGCACUUUCAUUCCCCCUUUUGAUCACCCUGAUGUAAUCUCGGGUCAAGGAACUGUCGGGAUGGAGAUUGUGCGCCAAAUGCAAGAUCCCAUUCAUGCCAUAUUUGUGCCAGUGGGUGGUGGUGGCUUGAUAGCUGGUAUCGCGGCCUAUGUUAAGAGGGUUUUACCCGAGGUAAAAAUCAUUGGAGUAGAGCCCGCUGAUGCAAAUGCAAUGGCUUUGUCAUUGCAUCUUGGCCAACGAGUUAUGCUCGAUCAAGUAGGAGGCUUUGCUGAUGGUGUUGCGGUGAAGGAGGUUGGGGUCGAAACUUUUCGCUUAUGCAGGGAACUGAUUGAUGGUGUAGUUCUUGUCAGUCGCGAUGCUAUCAGCGCAUCCAUAAAAGACAUGUUUGAGGAGAAAAGGAGCAUAUUAGAACCAGCAGGUGCUCUUGCCCUUGCCGGCGCUGAAGCAUACUGCCGGUUCUACAACCUUAAGGAUGCAAAUGUCGUAGCGAUAACCAGUGGAGCCAACAUGAACUUUGAUAGAUUGAGAGUGGUAAGUGAGCUCGCAAACGUUGGUAGGCAGCAAGAGGCCGUGCUAGCUACUUUUAUGCCCGAGGAGCCCGGAAGCAUUAAACAGUUCUGCAAUCUUGUUGGACCGAUAAGUAUCACCGAGUUCAAGUAUAGAUUCAAUCCUAGCAAAAAUCAAGCUCUAAUUUUGUACAGUGUUGGAGUUCAUACAAAAACUGAACUUCAAGCCAUGAUGGAGAGGAUGAAGUCAUUUCAACUAGAAACUAUUGAAUUCACAAACAAUGACAUGGUUAAAGAUCAUUUACGCCAUUUGAUGGGUGGUCAAUCACAUGUUGAAAACGAAGUCCUUUGUCGAUUUAUCUUUCCUGAGAAGCCUAUGGCUUUGUUGAAGUUCUUGGACGUUAUUAGCCCACGAUGGAAUAUUAGUUUGUUUCAUUACCGUUCACAGGGAGAAUCCGGUGCUAACGUACUUGUCGGGAUUCAAGUUCCAUCUAAUGAUCUGAUCGAGUUUCGCGGUCUUGCCAACGAUCUUGGAUAUGAUUAUGAAAUCGAAAGUGAUAACGAAGCAUUCAAGCUUUUAAUGCAUUGACGAAGUUGGGUGACAAUAAUAAGCACGAACUUGUCAUGUUUUACGACAAUGACUAUUAAGAGUGUCGUGUAAUGCCCAAAAUAAUCCGAUGUGAUUAUUAUAUUUAAAUUUAAUAAAAGUUAGAAUUUGUUAUAUUUUAUAUAAUAUAAAUUUUGUUAUAUUUUA